CGCAUAAUCUGUCAGUCGUCAGCAGUCGCCGCAGCGAAGAAACGGGAAUCUGCAAAAUUGGUUGAUUGGCGUUUCAGCUCCGCGGAUAAGUUUUUCCCAAAUCGAUUCUUGCCGUGAAAGAUCUUCAUCGCCGGUGCCUCCGUUCCGCGUUGUGUCUUGUGUCGUGUGGUUUGUUCUGUAAAAUCCCUUUGGAUCGGUGAAAAUGAUGCUGGCUUCCAGUGUUCUGCGAGGAAUCGGGCGUCGUUCGAUCUCGACCUCGAAAGUCCUUUCGGCUCAGCAGCUCACCGUCCGCGAUGCCCUCAACUCGGCCCUGGACGAAGAGAUGGAGCGGGACGAGAAGGUGUUCCUGCUAGGCGAGGAAGUGGCCCAGUACGACGGUGCCUACAAGGUAUCCCGUGGACUUUGGAAGAAGUACGGCGACAAACGAGUAAUCGACACACCAAUCACUGAGAUGGGUUUCGCCGGUAUCGCUGUCGGUGCUGCUAUGUCCGGACUCCGACCGGUGUGCGAGUUCAUGACCUUCAACUUUUCGAUGCAGGCCAUUGAUCACGUUAUAAAUUCGGCUGCUAAAACAUUCUACAUGUCGGCUGGUACUGUAAACGUUCCAAUCGUUUUCCGGGGUCCUAAUGGAGCUGCUGCCGGUGUGGCUGCCCAGCAUUCGCAGUGUUUCGGUGCAUGGUACGCACAUUGCCCGGGUCUGAAAGUUCUUUCGCCCUACGACAGUGAGGAUGCCAAGGGUCUCCUGAAGGCAGCCAUCCGUGAUCCGGAUCCAGUUGUUUUUCUGGAGAACGAAAUGGUCUAUGGUGUCAGCUAUCCGGUUUCGGAUCAGGUUUUGGAUAAGGAAUUCGUUCUACCAAUCGGUAAGGCUAAGAUUCAACGACCAGGCAAGCAUUGUACCGUAGUGGCGCACAGCAAAGCUGUCGAAACUGCGAUGACGGCGGCCAAUGAAACGACCAGAACAGGCACCGUUCCUGAUCGAACAAAAAACGCCACCAUCGUCGGAGAGGUUGGAAAAAAGUGCUUACACGUACGAAAUCUCAUCUUUUCAGAAGUUUAUUGCGUUCCACUUAAUAUUCGUUGUCAAAUUGUGCGGCCGCUACUGGAAACCGAGAGUGCUAGUUUCUUAUUCCGAAGAAAUCAAGUGUGCUACCUGUGCGCGAAUAACGGAGUUUACCGUAUUCCCGGAAUUGCGAUCGAUUUCCGGUUGGUUGGUGAAAAAGUAUCGACUUGUAGUAGCAAACACUCGCGCAAGGAUAUCCCGGUAGAAAUGUUACCCUCGAGAAUCGGCAAUGUUUUGUUGGUGUUUUCGGCGGUGGCCCUGUGUUCCCUGAUGGCCACCAGCGGCGGAGUUCAGGCCCAAGCGGGGGAUGGAGGAAGUCGCGGCUAA